AUGUUGUCUGCGGCGCAGAAGGAACUGCAGCAGCGGGUGCAGGUGGUGGUGCGUGGGCAGAGGUUUGAGUCCACUGUGGAGGUAUUGUCGAGGUACUGCGUCUUGUUUCGCAGCUUCUUCCGAGACGCACUCGCGAGGCUUGACCGUGGCAACUGUAGUAGUGGCAGCAGCAGCGGUGAGAGUAACUGGAAGUUGUGUUACGACGCUGCUGCACGCGAGGUCGACGCAUGCCUGCACCGACCAGCCGCCGAGGAUGGCAUGGCGGUUGCUGCUGCUUCGGUAGAGUGGAGCAAUGACGGAAGCAUGUGGCGGUUUGUGUACACCGCCACGGCGUUGGCGCCAGAAGAUGUGGGCGUCGUGCUGGUGUACAUCCGAAAGCUGUUCCGCUGGAGCCAACAGACGGAGCCAACAGCACCACAGCCGCAGCUGCCGGUUCGCUGGGACGAGAUGCCACACGACGCACAGCUCGCAUUGGCACGUGUUGUUUGCACGUUCGGUGUUGAGCCACUCAUUGGGCUCUACGAUCACCCCACCGCCCAGCCUGGCAGCAACAGCACUGAGGACGAUAGCACCAUGAAGGCAGGGGCGGGCGGCUUCUUACUGCGGGAGAAGGCGGAGGCGUACAUUCGGGAGCGUCUCAUGCAGGAGCCACCCAAUGGGGCUGUGGCCGGAGCAGCAGAAAGUGCAGGCAAUGGCGUGCAUCCCAGUGUUGAUGAUGAUGAUUUGCUCCUGGAAACGGCGGCGUGCUCGAAGUGCGGCGUCACGGGGCACACAGACGCCGCUUGUCCGAGGUGA